UGCGGGGGUAGCGUCUAUCCCGGCGUCUUGCGUCUUGGAUGCGUCACAAAACCGGAUGGCGUCAGGCGUUUGUGCUGCUGCAGCUGAGCCUCAUCACCUUCUGCAUCUUCGUCGGCGACGCUGCCGCUGCUGGGCCUGCGCGCGAGCUCUUCAUCUCCCGCCAUGCCUGGCCUGGUGUGCAUUCAGCCAUCCGCCGUCGGCUACGAGCGCGGCGAUGGACGUUCAUCAGGAUGACUGGAGAAUCUGAUGAGAUGGAAGGCGAGGAGUCACGGGAGCAGAUCCCUUCUGACCUGGUGAUGCGACGCAGCGAGCAGUGGGGAUGCGUGAGGUAUAAGAACACGAUAGAUACAUGAAAGACGCAACGAUCGAUGUACGCGGUUGAUUGGUUCGUCUGUCUGUGCGGUCUGGUCUCCCUGCAUAUAUGUGAUGGAUGUGCCCUGCAGGAACUGUGGCGCAUGUUGCCGCUUGGCUGACUGGCUGCCGAACGUGGAUGAGAUCUUCCUCUACGGGAAGGACAAGGCGCUUUUCCUCUCAAUGAUCCGCCCCGAAGACGGCUACUGCAGACACUUCGAUCAGGACACGCGCUCCUGCACCAUCUAUCACGACAGGCCUUGGUUCUGUCGCGUCGAGGCCGACAUCUUCGGCCAUCUCUACGGUAUGGCCGUGGACGAGAUGGACGAGUUCUGCCGCGAGUGCUGCCGAGACCAGAUCCGCAAGGUGUUUGGCGCCGACAGCACGGUGAGGAGGGAGUUCGAUGAGCUGCAGGAGCGGCUGGAGCAGGAGAUGAUCGACGAGCGGCAGCCUCGAAUCGUGCCGAGGCACGCUGUUGAGAUGGGGGAGAGGGAGGGGAUUGUGUGGUGGGAGAAGCAGCCGCCUGCUCUUCCCGAGAGGCUGAGGCUGUGGCGGACGACGGACGGAUGGAUCCCCUACCAGGACUAUUUUGAUAGACAGAUAGAGAGAUAGAGAGAUAGGGAGGAGAGGGGACAGGUCAGAUCAGACGAGGGGACUUUUCUAGUUGGUCACGUUCUUCCAGCUUGUCUCGGUGUGUCGUCUGGAGGUGUUAGUCGAUGAAGAGUGAGGCCUUGCGUAUCACCGCAUCCAGUGGUGAUGCAUGAGUCCGGUUCAUUGUCGACUGCAACACUUCCCGGCGGGCACGGGUGGAUACAUAUAGCAUCGGGCUGCUCGCCCCGUGUAAGC